ACACGCACACACACACAUUCAUGAGUUCAGCUGCCGUCGGCUCAGCCUACCUGUUGGUCUGACGUCGGACCCCGGCUGAUCGUGGAUCUGAUCGCGGAGUUGGGGGUUAAAACCGACUGAACCCGGAGAGGAUGAGGAACCUAAACAUGUUUCUACGGUUAUUACUUUGGACCGCUCUGGCCGCGUACCGCGGGACGCCGACCUGCGACGGAUUUAACAUAGAUGUGAAGUUUCCUGUGAUUAAACAGGGGAAAAGCGACGGGAGCUUCUUUGGAUUCUCGGUAGCUCUGCACAGACAGACGAAGGGCUCCGACAGAUAUCUGCUUCUCGUAGGAGCGCCCAAGGAAAAAGCCGUGAUUAAAAAUGUAAACGAAACGGGCGCCGUGUACGCCUGUCCAAUCAGCGAAGACCCCACAGACUGCACCAGGAUGGAUCUGGUCACAUCAACCAACCCGUCGGAGAUAGUGGAGGACAUGUGGCUGGGCGUGACGGUGGCCAGCCAGCGGAGCCUGAAGGAGGGACGCGUGCUGGCGUGUGGGCAUCGUUAUGUGAAGAUCAGCUCAGGCCAGAGGGGGAUGAUCGGAAAAUGCUACGUAAGGAGUAACGAUCUGACGUUUGACAACACCGAUGACUGGCAAAUUGAUAGUUAUGAGCGCUGUAACCCUUCAAAAGACCACAAGCAGGAGGGAUUGUGCAACCUGGGCAUCUCCGGUGCCAUCACUGAGACUGAUGUCGUCCUCGGCGCCACGGGAAGCUAUAACUGGAAAGGGAAUGUCCAUUUAUCCCAGAGAGAUCCGAAACCAGAUUACUAUGGGAUCGUUUUUCAGAAAAUGAUAGAGGACGUGAAAAAAAAUAACAUCUAUAUAGGUUAUUCAGUUCUCGAGGAGCGAAAACUGCUGAGUCGUGACCGUGACACUGUUGUGACGGGGUCCCCCAGGGAUGAGUCCAAGGGCUCCGUGAUGUUGGGAGAACAAACCCAGACCAAAAUCCAGAUAAUUCACACCAUCCUGGGAGAACAAGUGGGCUCCUACUUCGGGAGCAGCCUGGCUGCCACUGACCUCAACAAUGACGACUGGAACGACCUGAUCGUUGGGGCUCCGUUUUACUUCGACCGCGUCGCGCUGAGGGGCGGAGCAGUGUACGUUUUCAUGAAUGAGAACGGGUCUUUCCAGAGUACCUGCACCAUGAUGCUGACCGGUGAAGCCUUCUCCGGGUUCGGCACUGCCGUCGCUGCCAUCGGCGAUGUCAAUCAGGACGGAUUCCAAGACUUUGCAGUAGGAGCUCCUUUUCAUGGAACAGGAAGGCUCUACAUCUGGAUGGGAAGUAAAACUGGAGUUUCCCAGGAGCCCAGUCAGAUAAUUGAGGGGAAGUCAGUCAAUGGCAAAUUCCAAACCUUUGGUUACUCCAUAAAUGCAGGCCUGGACAUGGACAACAACGGCUACCCGGACAUCUUAGUUGGCUCACUGGAUGAGCGUGUAGCACUUCUAAGAGCUCGCCCUGUCAUUCACCUGACCAUAGAUUUCUCUGCUGAGCCCAAGAUAGUGGAUCCUAUGAAUUGUCCUGCAGCUAAUCCAUGCAUCUCAGUGAUUGCGUGUCUGUCAUUCACGCUAAGCAAUGGAAACAAAGACUUUAAGAAAAAUAUCAAUAUUCCUUGCGAAGUUGCAGCCGACACGCUAUACAGUAAAAAACCUCGAGUCCAAUUCCAAAACGGUGUCAAUAAAUUCAUUAUGACUCUGACCCAGCCGUCUUCUAGUCCCGUCUGUCACGUCCUAAAACUAAGUGUUGAGGACCGUGUGAAGGACAAGCUGGAACCCGUGGUCUUUUCCCUCAACAUAACAUUACCGGAGCAGGAUGGCAAAGCCAGAAGCACCGAGGAUCUCUUCCCCACUAAAAGUCCAGAGCAGAAACUCACCCAGAAAACUGUGAUAAACUUUCAGAAGGCCUGCGGCUUAGACAACAAAUGCACCAGUAACCUGCAGCUGUCUGCAGAGUUUGCUCAUUUUAACGGAACCCUGAUCCCCAGGAAGGAGUUUGUUCAGGUGCUCCAGUUCGACAAGAGUUUGAAAAGAAUCAAACUGAUGGUGGUGGUUACCAACUUUGACUCACCUGGAAAGAAGGCGGAGGACGCCCACCUGGCCAUGCUCAACGUCUCCAUCCCCAACCCAAUACAGUACUCCGGCGUCAGAUCUGACAACCCUGGCGUAGAAUGUCGCUCUGAUGUGACAGUCAUGUGUGAGCUGGGGAAUCCACUGGAGGCCAAAGAAAAGGUGUCGCUGCAGCUUGUAUUCGAGACUUCGGGCAUCGAUCUGUACACGGAAGCCAUAAAGGUUCAACUGAUGCUAUCAACUCUCAGUGAGCAGAGUGACCUGAGGCCGACCACGGCAGCCCUGCAGAUUGAAAGCGUCAUUAAACCCUCCUUUUUCCCGAAGAACUUUUUGGAGAAAACUAGAUUUGGAGGGUCAGUGAAGGGAGAGUAUGCUAUGCGCAACACCAGUGACGUCGGCAGUCUGGUGGAGUUCACCUUGAAUGUGGAUAUGCGUGACGAGCUUCUGGGAGAUAUGGGGACCCUUGCCGUAGAGUUUGAUUGGCCUCUUGAAGUGCCCAAUGGCAAGUGGCUGCUGUACCUGACAAAGAUUGUUGUUAAAGGAGAAUCAGAAAUGGAUUGCAUCCCUGCCGGAGUGAUCAACCCGCUUAACCUAACUUUGUCAGAGGGCCGACCCAGGCAGGCCAGGUCCAAACGGCAGGCUGACGAAAACGACCCGGAAGAAAAGAUUCUGCUCCAAGCCAUUGAGCCGCAGGCGGCAAUCACCCUCCAGUCCCCUCGGAAAAGCUACGUUUUGGACUGCUCUGUGGGGACGGCGAGAUGCGUGAAGUUCACCUGUCCUCUGCUCAACAUGUCCAGGACGGCCGAGAUUCGGGUCCGCUCUCGCUUGUGGAACAGCACCAUGUUGGAGGACUAUCCCAACGCUCUGAAUGUUCGUGUCAAAGUUCGUGCCACACUGAAGCUCAUCACGGAUAAACCAACCAUCAAGAUGGACACUUACGAUCUGCCUCUUGCAGUGGAUAUAGAGCCAGAGGAAAGUGUAGAGAUACCCUAUGAGCUCCCGCUGUGGAUCAUCAUCUCUGCAGCCGUAGCAGGACUUUUGCUUCUAGGAAUCAUCAUCCUUAUCCUGUGGAAGUGUGGGUUCUUCCAGAGGGCUAGCAGGAGGGAGAUGUAUGAGGCCAAAGCCCAGAAGGCUGAGAUGAAGAUCCAGCCCUCAGAGACAGAAAAGAUGAUUGAGGAGCACUAAGGCCUUCAGGUGUUUUUCCGUCAGCACUCACCAAUGGGGCCUUUUGGUAAAGACACCCCUCAGAACUGAUCUUUCUUUGUUACAGUGCCGGGCAGAAAGAAUAAAACCUUCUCUCUUUUUUUUUUUCAACAUUUUGGUAAACAGCAAUCACAAACUUCAAUGUUUUGGAAUUUUAGAAUUAAUAAACCAACGGAAAGUUGAGUACAAUUGUGAGGUGAAAGGAAAAAUAUGAUCAAUUUUCAAUUCUUCCAACAGAUUCUCAAAUCGAUUUAGGCCUGGACUUUGACUAUGCCAUUCUAACAUGAGUAGGCUUUGAUAUGAGUCACUCCCGUCCAGCCAGGUCUGUAUGUUCAGACUUGCUGGAAGGUGAAUCUUCACCUUUGACCUUUUGGACCCUCUAACAGCUCCAUCCAUCUUCUCGUCAUCUCCAGCCAGCUUGAGUAGCCUGGUCACUGAUUGGUUGAACCCUUGAGAGCAGAGAGAAGAUGAUGUUAUCGUCUGCUGAGAUGCUAAGACGGUUUCCACUUUAUGAAUUAAUGGGUGUUCAGACAUGUCUGGUGCUUUAACUUUUAAAAUGGACAGUAAAGUGUCAUUAGUCUGAGGUCCUGGGACUGUAUUGGUGUUUUCAAGUUUUCUGGGGGAAACACUGUAUGCCGGAUCGACUCCCAUCUUCACUGGUUCUCAUUUAGGGGUAUUAGAGUAAAGCUGGCAGAGUACUGAUCGCCAGCACACUUUUUGUAUUUGUAAUUUAUAAAAGUGGAAGAUAAUAAUUAUCGAACACCAUGAAUUAUUUCCCUUUCACUUCUCAAUUAUGUGCCCCUGCGUGUUGGUCAUUACAAAUCUGAACAAGACACGUUGUUGUUUGUGGUUUUAAGAGGACAAAAUGUGAAAACAUCCUUGAGUUUGAAUACUUUUGCAAGGCACUGUAGUUCUAAUAGUCUCAGGUGAGGCUCCUUUCCCCACUGAGUUGUCUGUCACCUCAGCUUCUAAUUAUUGUAACUACUAAAUCUUCCAACUUUCUUUCACGCAGAUUAAAUAGACUUCCCUAUGGACUCUUUGGGUCCUGUUCUUCACUUCUCUCCCUUUCUUCUCCAGCAGGCUCUCACUGCUAAAAACCUGUUUCUCCGCAGCCCUGUGAUCCGUAAUCUCCUCUGUCGUUAAUCCCGUCUCUCCUGCCGUUUCUGCUCAUCUUUACAGCCUUUUCUAAGCGUAUUUGUAUUUCUGCUGCUUUUCCUCCGUCUUGCUAGCUUGGGUUCUUCAAACGAGCCAUCUACUACCGGGUAAUGCCAAAGCACCGUGGCGUAAGAAUUCGCAGAGCUGAACGCUAUCAGUUCGAUCUGGGAUUUCAGCCAGAGGAGCCACAGAAAAAGUACUGGAUGACCAGCUGGACAGAGACGCACCAAUGCUACUACUGACGCCUUUGAACCCCUCACUGCCACAGAGAACACUGGGCCUGACUGGGCCUGACUGGGCCUGACUGGGCCUGACUGGGCCUGACUGGGCCUGACUGGGCCUGACUCGGCUGCAAGGACUUCAGUGCAUGGACCUGCUGUGGACAGUGCAUUUUCUGUUUGUUUUUUUUGUUGUUUUUGGGUUUUUUUUGAGGGGGGGGGGUUCAAUUAGUAUUCCAUUUCCUGAACUUUUUCUGUGCAAUAUGCUGAACAUUUGGGGAGAUUGUAAUUUGUUAAGUAUUUUUUUGUUGAAUGCAGUGUUGUACACUGAAAUCCAUGUUGCAUCCAGAGGUAGACUUUUGUUGUGUUUUUAGGUGUUAAAUCUGCAUGUAACUUUUCAUCUUUUUUUAAAUAUGUUUUUCUUUAUCUUUUUUUUUUUGCUCAGUCUCUCAACAUCUCUCCCCUAAAGGACAUGGGGGGGAAAUGUUUUCUUUUGUGUUACCUUGCAGAGGUAUUGCAUUCACACACAAUAAGUUUUUAGUGUAUUUAGAAGUCAGAUCAUGAGGCAUCCUGAAUACUUAGAUCUUUUUGUUUUCAGAUUAAUGCACCAGGUUUCCAUCCUUACUCUAAAACAUAAAUAUGACAGAAACUUUCUGUCAUGAUGUAAAGAAAAAUAUACAUCCAGACUAUUUGGACUAAUUUUGAGUUAUUUUCACAGGGUGUUACCAGCACCUGAUAGUCGUUUUCAUGUGCAGCCUUGAUUUUAGAUCAAUUUUCAACCAAUAUUUAUACAAAAGAGUUUAAAACAUAUAAACUAGUUUUCACUCGGGAUCUUUAAAGGUGUACUUAUAUACAAAUUUAAAGUGGGUGUAUUUGCAAAUUUAUUGUGUGGGAACACACAAUCUGACGGAAUGCAAUACUUUUACAAGGUAACGCAUAAGAAAAAAAAACUUCCCUUAUGUCCCUUAGGAGGCUCCGUACUUUUGCUCAUUAUCGUUUGCUUUUACAUAACCUCCAAACGGGUCUUGGAGGUCUAGAUUUUAUAUUUUGACAACAUCCACUCCGUUAUGAGUUGUUGACUGUCUUUGCUUGAAUUUCAAUGUUGGAAAAGCAUCACAAAGUCUGACAAUCCUCAGAUGCAGGAUUAUUUUUGUUAUAUUUCUGGUUUUAUAUUGCUUAUAUCACUCACAUUUUAAUUGUGCCUCAUAAUUCCCACAUUAGGGUUCACCAAAUCGGCAGAUUACACUUGAUUGUUAAUUUAUUGCACCACGCUGAGCUAACACAAUAAACAGAUCUUAUGUUGAUAUCUUAAGUAUCUCCAACAGGGAGUCUGAACACUGGAGAUGCUAUUUGACUGUAAGGGUGUAGAUGAAAUUGUACAUUAUAGCGAGUUAAAUUGACUGAAUGAAAGCAUGUUUUUGGCCUUUGCUCUCGUUUUUCCAUAUGAAACUGUUGACCAACACUGGAACCACGAAUUUCAACUGCAGCACUGGACAAGCAGACAAUGGUCUUUAUGUGUGAUAAAAUGUCCCUUGGAAAAGUUAGACUACGAUAAAUCAUUUCUGAAUUAAUUUUUCACGUUUAAUGUCUAACUCCCAGAGAUAGGAAUAAAUCUGGGAGCAGCAUCUUGAGGUUCCGAACACAAAAUAUUUCUAAUUUUAAUGACAUAUAAAUCGUAGGUUGAUUUUGAUAUAAAUCUCAUAUCUUCUAGUUUAAAAAUGAAAGGUCUUCACAGUAAAUGCCUCUUGGGGUGUUGAAGUAUUGUCUAGAAGAAACAAGAGAAGAAGGAUUCAGAGGGAAACCUUUAUGCUUUUUAAGAAGUGGUAAACUGUCAGAGGAGAGUAUUUUAUAUACAAAAAUUAGAAACUUUCUCACUAUAAUAGGUUUUAUGUUUUGUUAUUAUGUGAAAGUUACUGCUCUUGCCUAGUUCUGGCAGUUAAAUGCCUCCAUAUUAAUGUGACCAUGUAUUGUACAAUUCAUUUGAUAAAUACAUUGUUAAAGAAGAAAAAAAUAAAGAUGAUUCACUCUGGUUUUCUAA